UUCUUUUUUUCGUUUCUGUCAUUAUUUUCAACCUCCUCUUCUUCGCUUUUUCAUAUUUUUUUUUUCGCUUCUUCUUUUUUCACAUACGUUUACAAUAUACGAUACCUUUGACAUGCCCACAACAGACCCACCGCCACCUCUGCCGCCACCAUCCGCCUUGUUCGGCUCUUCACUAUUCGACUAUCAUCGCCAGCGUCCAUUAUACAUCCUACCGCCUCCCCCGGGCUACCAUCAUCCACCUCCACCGCCUCCAUCCGUACCCUUACCGUCCCAACAGCACCAGCAACAGCAGCAGUUUGCCUACCAACCCAUGCAAGCCUACUACUACACGACGACGACGACGACGACAACCGCUGCUGGUGGUGUCAAACGGAAAUCGAACGACCCUGAUCAGAACAAAAAGAAAAGACGGACACAGGACGAGGGCCAACUGGAGAUCAACGCCGCACGUACACUUGCUUCGUUUGCCAGUGCCCAUAGUAAUAUCAAUGCUAUGGAUGAUGGAGGACGCUGCGGCUGUCAAGGCGAUCUUGCAUGUGACCAGUGUGACGACUCGUUUCAGCAUUCAGCAUGUCUGCAGCGUCAUCGAUGGGAACAUGAAAGUUGGAAAGUGGGCAUGUCAAAGCGUCAGCAAGUCCAAAUUGUGGAGGCAGCACAAAUCCUCAUGGACAUCGCGCGUUGUGGCAUGCGUGUUAGCGUGGCCUGAUUUGAACCUUAAUUUCUUUUUUUAUCCCCCCUUUGUAAAACCCCUCCUCCUCUACAUAUAACACAUAACCCGACUUUUCUUAACAAAUAUAGCUAUUUUCAUGACAACUACACUUACACACAACUACAUACGCCAUCCUUCUUCCGCACUCUCACACUCAGUUUUCCCGGAUCUAUUUCGGCCACCACCACAGAACAAAUAACUACUACUACUAUCUACUCUCACGCACGCACGCACACUCACAUUUAUUCAACAAACACACACACACAUAUUCUUCACACUCUCAACCAUAUAUAUUCAAUUCAUGAGCAACGUAUAUCUCGUGGCCAAACUUUGUAUAAUAAUAAAUCCUUCCCCCUCUCGCAAAAAGUUUUUCAAAAUGUAAAAAUAAAAAACAUC